GGCCGAAAAGCUUUUAGUGCUGUUGGACAUUCGAACCGUCCUGCUAGAGUGUCAUUUUACUUCUUGAUCGUUUUGAUUAAUUUCCGUGGGUAGCCGAACAGUUCCUGGGAAUCGCUGCAAGAGAGAGUAGAUUUUCGCUGCUAGUGCGCCCCCUGGCCGUGUGUGUGCGCACUAUAAUAAAAAAAAAGCAGUUCGUCACAAGGAGUGCCAGAGUGCAGUAGCCUUGAAAUGGCGAAUGUGAUAAAAUUGAUUGGGUUUCUGUGCUUAAUAGUGACAAUCGCCGGGGCCGAAUACCGUGUCAAGCGACAGGAUGAUGACGGCGAUCAGGAGGACAACAUCGAAGAGCUGUGCAAGGACCGACCAGCGGAUGAAUACUUCCGUCUGAGUACCGACGGCGAUUGCCGUGAAGUCGUGAGGUGCGAUAACGCUGGUGAAAACGGCAUCACAAGACUGGCACGCGUACGUUGCCCAACCGGGUUGUUCUUUGACGUUUACCGUCAGACCUGCGAUUGGAAAACGAAUGUUAAAAAUUGCGAUGAGCUAGGAAAACCGAGAAAAGUUCUUCCUAUCCUGAAGACCGAUGAACCCAUCUGUCCGGAUGGAAAAUUGUCUUGUGGCAACGGCGAGUGCGUCGAUAAGGAGCUGUUCUGUAAUGGCAAACCUGACUGUAAGGACGAAUCCGACGAGAAUGCAUGUACUGUCGAAUUGGACCCCAAUCGUGCCCCGGACUGUGACACUAACCAGUGUGUGCUGCCGGAUUGCUUCUGUUCUGCCGACGGAACCCGUAUACCCGGAAACAUUGAACCACAACAGGUUCCCCAAAUGAUCACCAUCACCUUCAACGGUGCUGCCAAUGUCGACAACAUUGAUUUGUACGAGGAUAUCUUCAACGGACAGCGUCAGAAUCCAAACGGAUGUCAGAUCCGAGGUACCUUCUUUGUUUCACACAAAUACACCAACUAUUCGGCUGUACAAGAUUUGCAUCGUAAAGGACAUGAGAUCUCCGUCUUCUCAUUGACUCACAAAGACGAUCCGAACUACUGGACUCAAGGAACUUACGAUGACUGGUUGGCGGAGAUGGCAGGCGCUCGACUAAUUAUAGAGAGAUUCGCAAAUAUCACAGAUGGUUCCAUCAUUGGCGUUCGAGCACCUUAUCUACGUGUUGGAGGAAACAAACAGUUCGAAAUGAUGGCUGACCAGUUCUUCGUUUACGAUGCAUCGAUCACCGCUUCUCUGGGUCGUGUUCCGAUUUGGCCCUACACGUUAUAUUUCCGUAUGCCUCAUAAAUGUAACGGAAAUGCCCACAACUGCCCAUCUCGUAGCCACCCGGUGUGGGAAAUGGUUAUGAAUGAACUUGAUCGUCGUGAUGAUCCAACAUUCGACGAAUCCUUGCCCGGUUGUCACAUGGUGGACUCGUGCUCCAACGUUCAAUCUGGUGAACAAUUCGGACGUCUGUUACGCCACAACUUCAACCGUCACUACAAUUCCAAUCGUGCACCUCUAGGACUUCACUUCCACGCCUCUUGGUUGAAAUCCAAGAAGGAAUACCGCGAAGAAUUGAUCAAAUUUAUCGAAGAAAUGCUUGGUCGCAACGACGUUUUCUUUGUCACUAUGCUUCAAGUCAUACAGUGGAUGCAAAAUCCAACAGAGUUAAAUGCACUGCGAGACUUCCAGGAGUGGAAGGAAAAAUGCGACGUCAAGGGACAACCGUACUGCUCCCUACCGAAUGCCUGCCCGCUUACAACCCGCGAAUUGCCAGGUGAAACGCUGCGUCUCUUUACCUGCAUGGAGUGUCCGAACAACUAUCCAUGGAUCCUAGAUCCAACGGGUGAUGGUUUCACUACCAAGUAAACCAGUCCACGGAAACCGCUCCGAUCCACCGAAAGUCUGAAUUAGUUGUGUGAGAAAAAAAAAAGUUUUACAAGUAAAGCAAUAGACGAUGAUUGAGGCACAAGUCUCCUUACUAGACCCGAAUAGGGCGGACAUAUCUGUUGUAAAUAUAUUUACCUUCCAACCCAAUUCCCGAUCCCCAUUCCUCCCGAGAAUUCCUUGACCUCCCACAAGCCACCAUUUUUGGUUGGUGCGAAUAAUUGGCGAAAAUAAAUUAAGACAUAUUCUAGGCCGUGAUAAUGAUGUGGUCUUCCAACUUUAUUAGCAAACUGUCAUCAAAUACAUUCGAAAGAUAUGAAAAAAGAGUAAAAAGAGGUUACUCAAAACCCCUGACCUAACCAGGGGUAGACCUUAAAAAUUUUCUAAUUAUUUUAUUUUCAAAUUUCUUAACGUAAAUUCAGUGUAGAUGGUAGCAGACAGACGUUUCAGGCAUUUCAUAUGUAGUUCGUAGGGUAUGAUGCUGCGACUUUUGCAAGAAAAGAGUUAUCGAACAUAGUGGUUAAUUGCUUGUGGCAAAAAAUUCUCGAUAAUGUCAAAAGAAAACGAUUAAUUUUGAAUUAAAAAAAAAUACAAGACAUUGAUAA